AUGAAUAGAUACUCUUUGAAUGUUUACCAAGUAGUUUGCUUGGUUAUUGGUUUGUGUUGUGUCUGGUGUAGUUCUGGUGAGAAUUCAAAUGAGAUGGAGUUGUUUGGUCCAUCUAAAGACGUUGCGUUAGAUAUAGAUAGUCAAGUAGAAUCGGUCUCUGCUGAGAUAACCAAUGCAAUAGACGAGCUGAAAGACUUAAGGGAUAUACAAUCAAUACGAAUACAUCUAAUAAGGCAGGGCCAACCGGGCCUCAUGAAACAACAGCAUUAUAAGGGCUUGAAGUCAAUCCAAAGCAAUCCCAGCUGCCUUGACAAAUUAGAGGAUGUGUUCGAACAGAUGGAGAUUGAGGCGAUAUCUGUACUAGUUAAAGAAGAAUUAAUAUGGGACAGUCUUAAUAUAGCUAUCCAACAAAUGGAAGAAUGGUUAUCUGAAUGGAAGAAUACCCAGAUGCCAGAGGAGGAAUCACGAGUGGAAAGCAUAUGUAAGCUAGCAAUUAUAGCAAGACAAAUACACCAAAUUAAGAGUGACUUAAGGGGCCUACAAAAUCAAUUCCCCAAUCCAAAAAUAAGCAGAAUUGAAAUUAAUCUAAUCGCAAUAGGCGACCAAUACCAUCCUAUUGGAUUAAAAGCCCGAUUCGUUACGAUCAUGGUAAGAGAACUAAUGAAAAUAAGACCUAAUAUUACUAUAUCAGAAUGGAUUCAUCUAGAAGAAAUUAUGGAAUCAAAGAUAGAUCAACUCUUGAAAAAUGAUGAACUCAAAAGCCCCGACAGCAUAUCUAGGCUAAUUGAAGAAGCGCUAGUUUGGCUUGAUGAUACGAUUAAAGAAAUGGAAGUCAAAAGUGAAAGUGAACGUAAACAGAAGCCCACUAGUUCAGAACCCUCUAAUUCAAGAACUCAAUCAAGCAAUCCCCAAACUAACGGAUCAGGCAUGG